AUGGAUCCUACCACGAUUGUCAAGGCAGCCAAUCCGUGGGUGCCACGUGGACGCGUGGUGGAUGAAAAGCAGAAAGUGCUGCGAACCGUACAAGGCAUUCUGAACAAGCUCACACCUGAGAUGUUCGAUCCACUCUUCCAGCAACUCCUGACAGCUGGCAUCAACACAUCUGAGAUCCUCCAGGAGGUGAUCUCUCUCAUUUUCACCAAGGCAGUAGACGAACCCACCUUCUGCCCGAUGUAUGCUGCCCUCUGCGAAAAACUUUCGCGAGCGCUGCCCGAGUUUCCGCCGUCCAAUGGGGCAGGGGGAGAGGAAGGGGAGCCGAUUUCAUUUCGCCGUGUUCUGCUGGGCACGUGUCAGGAGGAGUUUGAACGCGCUGCUAAGCAGAGACUGCAGGUGGGGUGCAGUGUGGUGCCGUGGGAUAUGGUGCGGUGGGGUGGGGUAAGGUGGGGAAGGGUGCGGUGGGGUGCGGUGGGGCACGGUGGCAAGUGGUUGCGGGUAAUGGCUCGAGGAACCUGUGUUCUGCUGGGCACGUGUCAGGAGGAGUUAGAACGCGCUGCUAAGCUGAGACUGCAGGCUGGCGAGCUGCUGGAGUCGUUGCAGGAGGGAAGCACGGAAGGAGAGGAGGGAGGAGAGGAGGGAGGAGAAGAGGAGGAGGGAGAAGAGGAUGGGGAAGAAGGGGAGGGGAAAGGAGGGGAGGGGGGAGACGGGGAGGGGGAAGAAGGGGAGGGGGGGAGAAGGGGAAGGAGCAAAGACAAGGAGAAGAAGAAGGAGGAGAAGGAGAAAGGGAGAGGGAGAGAGGGGAGAAGGGGUGAGUGGAGUGUUGGGACGCUUCAGAGGCUGCUGGGAAAAAUCAGGCUGAUAGGGGAGCUGUUUCUUCAGAGAAUGAUUCCAGAGAGGGUGGUUCAUGCGUGUGUGCAGGUGAGUUGGAUUGGAUGGGUGUGGGUGUGUGCAGGCGGGUGGUUUGACUUGACUCUUAUGACCUUCUGGGAUCUUUUGGGCGAUCCUGCGUCCGUCCCUCCUCCCUCCCACGUGGAAGCAGGGUGUGUGCUGCUCACGAUAGCAGGGGGGCCGAUGGAGAGGAGUGGGAGAGCUCCGCUGCUGCUUGAAGGGUUCAAACCCACCAGCAGGUUCAACCCCACCAGCCACAGCAGCAGACACUACUCUCCUGCAGCAGUUCGGGCCGACUCUCAGCAGCAGCAAGCCGGAGGAUCCAACGGCUGCAAUGCACCGGCGCUACCAGCCAGCCAAUCGCAGCAGAUGCUCGUACCCAUCGGCCAAUCAGCUCGCGCGGUGCUCGAGUCAGUGGCACUGCUGCUUGACAGCCUGGCGACAAGAAAAGCUCUGCCCGACGGAUCGCUGACAAGUGGCGCGUUGUCAUUCGCUCGACUGAUUGGGAGAGGCAGCACCAGCCACAGGAGGCCAGAUGGGGUUCGGAGUGGUUCAGGAGGCGUGCGAAAGGGUUGUGUGCGGUUCCUACAGGCGUGUAUUGCUGCUGGCUGCGUUAGUGGGAUUACCUCUCCUUUCCCCCCUCCCUCCUCCCCCUCCCCCCCUUCCCCGCGCCCACCCCACCUUCUCCCCGCACACGCAUCUCUUCUCCACCAUUGCAGCAUUCUGAACAAGCUCACACCCAAGAAGUUCGAUCCACUCUUCCAGCAGCUCCUGACAGCUGGCAUCAACACACCUGAGAUCCUCCAGGAGGUGAUUUCACUCAUUUUCACCAAGGCAGCAGAUGAGCCCACCCUCUGCCCAAUGUACGCUGCCCUCUGUGGAAAACUUUCGCGAGCUCUGCCCGAGUUUCCGCCGUCCAAUAAAGCAGGGGGCUCAGGGGCAGGGGAUGGGCCGAUCUCUUUCCGCCGCGUGCUGCUCAACGCGUGCCAGGAGGAGUUUUAUAACGCCGCUAGGCACGGAAUUAAGGCUGGCGAGCUGCCAGAGUCACUGCAGGGAGCAGGCUCGAAAGUAGAGAAGGAAGGAGCAGCGGAGGGGGGAGACGGGAAGGGAGGGGGGCGAUGGAGAGGCGUGCUUGUCUUCUGCCCAUCCCCCUCCCUCACAUCCCAUCCCCCUUCCUCACAUCACAUCCCCCUCCCUCACAUCACAUCCCCCUCCCGCACAUCACAUCCCCCUCCCGCACAUCACAUCCCCCUCCCGCACAUCACAUCCCCCUCCCGCACAUCACAUCCCCCUCCUCACAUCACAUCCCCCUCCCGCACAUCCCCCUCCCGCACAUCCCCCUCCCUCACAUCCCCCUCCCUCACAUCCCCCUCCCUCACAUCCCCCUCCCGCACAUCCCCCUCCCUCACAUCCCCCUCCCUCACAUCCCCCUCCCUCGCAUCCCCCUCCCUCACAUCCCCCUCCCUCACAUCCCCCUCCCUCACAUCCCGCUCGCUUACACCCCUUCCCUUGCUUCCCCCUCCCUCACGCCUCUCCUUCAGGAUCUCUUGGGCGAGCCUGCAUAGGUCCCCCUUUCCCGUGCACCACCCAUUCCCCUCCCUUAGUUCCCUCCUCCCCGUUGCAUCCCUCCUCCAGGUUCUCUUGGGGGAGCCAAAAUCCAUCCCCCCUCCCUCCCACGUGGAAGCAGCGUGUGUGCUGCUCACGAUAACAGGGAAGGUGUUGGAGGAGAGGAGCGAGAGACCCCCAUUGAGGCUGGAGGCAUAUCUUAGGCAUGUGGAAUACUUAGCUAAGUACCAGGGGACUGAGCAGAAUCAGCUGAAUUGGCGGGAGUGGGAGGAGGGCGGGGGGGAGGGAGGGGAGGAGGGAGGGGAGGAAGGAGGGGAGGAGGGAGGGGAGGAGGGAGGGGAGGAGGGGGGGAAGGAGGGAGGGGAGGGAGUGGGAAGGGGAAGAAAAAAGCAGGAGGGAGAAGAGAUGUAG